AUGCGAGGCGGCCAAGGACCCAACAGACAGAAGGGCGAUAUAUCCAUCACCUUUGUACAAAACGUCUGGGCGCAAGGGAACGCUGACCACAACGGGUCACAGUACAAACUUUGUGAUGACCUUGAUGUUGCCGAUCACCAAGAUGCACACAGAGAAGUACUGGACAAAGCGUGGUGUGGCCUGUUUGCUGCAGCUAGACGACUGAGGGUGAGAGCGUGUGGUCCUUGGACAGUUUAUCCAAGGCUACAAUGUACAAAGGUUGAGGCCAACUGUCGUCGCACUGGGAUCUGUGAAGUAUGUGAAGUUGCACAGGACAUUCGAACGAAUCCAGAGAAAAGGAAGGGCUGCGUAGCAUGCAUCCGGCAGACUUCUGUGCGAAAUUGGUACAAAAGUCUAAAGGGAAAGGCCAAGCUCCAAACGGGCUUGUGCAUGUGUAUGCUUCUUUCGUUGCACUUGCGAAAAUCGCAGAGCAAAACACCGCUUUGGGAUGCUUUGGGUUGGAACGAGAGAGAGAGAGAGAGAGUUAGAUUUGCGACCUCCUGCCGAGUGACCUUCAUUCGCACAAGCAAUUUCCAUUGCUUUGAGGUUCUGCUGCCAUGCCCCUUUCAAGUGAAACUAUGGCUUGCUACGGAAUGA